CGGAAAAUGCGCCGUGUUUGAGGCCACCUACCGCACAGAAACCAGUGUUGCGUGUGUUAAAAGAGGGAAAUCGCGGAUGCUUUGUCCCCCAAAGUGCAGCCCUUCAACGUUAGCAACGAUUCAAGCCUCUCGUGCAUCGAAUUGCUGAACAGCGAGUGCACUGACAAGCUGAGCGUAGCUUCACCACAUCCUGUCCGUCGAUCCCACAUGGGGAACAUCAGUCGAUGCUCGCUGGUCGCUGGCGGAGAUGGCUUCUUGGCCUUUCAUUCUCAAACUCGCCCCGACACGGACAGGAAAGUUCUCCACCUCCCCGUCAUCAUCAAUUAUGGUCCGCGUCUUCGCUGCUGCUGCGCUAUCUGCGGCUGUCCUGGCUGCUAGCGCCAAGGCCUCCAACUUCUUCCUCGCCGCUGAGGCUCCGGACUACAACAACGAGGUGGUAGGCAACCUCUUGGCCAACGUGAGCGCCGUCCGUGGCGACGGUGAGGCAUACGCGGUCUUCGACUGGGACAACACGUGCAUGUUCGGCGACAUCUCUUACACGUCGGUGUUCUACCAGGUGGACAACCUCAACUUCCGCUUCACACCGGAGAACUUUGAGUCCAUCUUCUCGCUGGGCUACAACGCCAGCAGCAGCGACAUUUGCCUGGUUAACGGCACCAACUCGGUGCUCGGCCAGGACGUGAACGGCACGGACGUGACGCUGGCCACGGUUCUGGCUGAGACCGCCAAGGACUACAAGGUGCUGUACGAGGCGUACGUUGCUCCAACGUACAACUUAACCAGCAACGUUCAGGCCUCGAACGUCACGCUGGACGAGAUUAAGGAGACGACUGAAUACCAGAACUUCCGCGCCAAGAUGGGCUUCCUACUGUACGGACUUGAGGUCAUGGACGGCGGCGACGAUCACUCAGACUGCUCCCAGACCAUCGCUAUGACGGUGUUCCCUCACUUGCUUGUCGGCAUGACGGAAGACGAGAUCAAGACGCUCAUUCGCUCUAGUAUCCGCUGGAACCUGGGUCAGGCGCUCGAGGAGCCUACCUACACGUCGACGGGUGACCUGGCGGUCGAAGGCUCGUACACUAAGGGUCUGCGCUUCUUUAACGGACAGGAGUCGACUAUGCGCGCGCUACGUGCCGCUGGAGUGGACGUGUACAUCAUCAGCGCCUCUCCUCAACUGUACGCCGCUGAGGCGGGCAACCUGUUCGGCCUGGGCAACAUGGUGCCGAACGACAACGUGUUCGGCGUGCGCUUCAAGACGGACGACGCCGGCCGAUUCACCGGUGAAUUGGUGGACAAUUACCCCAUCACGUGGGGCCCUGGCAAGGCAGAGAUCAUCACCAGCAUCUUGGAGCCGAUCCACCAGGGUGCGCCCCCUAUUUACUCGUCCGGUGACUCGGACGGCGACUGCGAGAUGAUGAACACGGUCCGUGACGGCGUCGUGGACACCAACAACCGUCUCAAGGGCAACUCUUCGUGCAUCAACGGCUUCUACGUAAAGGCCUGUGAAUAUUUUGGCACCACAGAGCCCAGCACCGGCAACACUUACCUCCUGCAAGGUCAGGACCAGGUCAUCGGUACGUGGAUCACGUCUGGUUUCAGUACUGAGGACGGCGUCACGUACGAAUCUGCCGUCGACUCGUACGACCAGUGCGCCCACUACAAGUUCCUCGACCUGUAAAAGAUAUGAGCAGCCAGGACCUGCUAUUACUCUAGACGCCUUAGCCUUUGAACGAGACUCAAACAGCUAAUAUAUUUGUGAACAAUGCGUAUGAACAAUC